AUGGAGAAUCCAAACAAUGUGACUGAAUUUAUUCUUCUGAGCAUUACAAGGAUUCCAGAGUUGAGGACAAUAUUCUCUGCUUUGUUUCUUAUCAUGUACUUGGCCACACUGCUGGGAAACCUAUUGAUUGUGAUAACUAUAACUGUGAGUCCGAAUCUGAGGUCCCCCAUGUACUUUUUUCUCAUUUCCUUGUCUCUUUUGGAUGUCAUCUACUCUUCAGUCACUGCUCCCAAGUUGGUUGUAGACUCUCUGUCUGAGAACACUACCAUCUCCCUAGAAGGCUGCAUGACCCAGCUCUUUGCUGAGCACUUCUUUGGUGGUGUGGAGAUCAUCCUUCUCAUGGUGAUGGCCUAUGACCGCUAUGUGGCCAUCUGUAAACCUCUGCACUACAUGACCAUCGUUAGUCCUCGAGUGUGCUGCCUGAUGGUGGGAGGGGCCUGGGUGGGAGGAUUUGCACAUGCAACCAUUCAACUUCUCUUCAUGUAUCAAAUACCUUUCUGCGGCCCCAAUGUCAUUGAUCAUGUGAUCUGUGACUUGUUUCCACUGUUGCAACUGGCCUGCAUGGACACACAGAUCCUGGGUCUCUUAGUCAUUCUCAACAGUGGGGUGAUGUGUGUGACCAUUUUCCUUGUUCUCUUCUCUUCCUAUGUGGUCAUCCUGUGCUCCCUGAAGUCUUGCAGUUCUGAAGGAAGGCGCAAAGCCCUCUCCACAUGUAGUUCUCACUUCACAGUGGUUGUGCUGUUCUUUGUACCUUGCAUCUUCUUGUACAUGAGGCCUGUAGUCACUUACCCCAUAGACAAUGCCAUGGCUGUGUCCUCAACCAUUGUUGAACCAAUGUUAAAUCCUUUGAUCUACACCUUGAGAAACUCAGAGGUGAAAAACGUUUUGAGAAAAAUGUGGACGAAAAGCAGACCUUGA